AUGGAGCUGUAUGAGACGUCCCCCUUCUUCUACCAGGAGCCCCGCUUCUAUGAUGGGGAGAACUACCUGCCUGUCCAUCUCCAGGGCUUCGAGCCACCGGGCUAUGAGCAGACCGAACUCAGUCUGAGCCCAGAGGCCCGAGGGCCCCUGGAAGACAAGGGGCUGGGGACCCCGGAACGCUGUCCCGGCCAGUGCUUGCCGUGGGCGUGCAAGGUGUGUAAGAGGAAGUCGGUGUCUGUGGAUCGGCGGCGGGCAGCCACUCUGAGGGAGAAGCGCAGGCUCAAGAAGGUGAACGAGGCCUUCGAGGCCCUGAAGAGGAGUACCUUGCUCAACCCCAACCAGCGGCUGCCCAAGGUGGAGAUCCUGCGCAGCGCCAUCCAGUACAUCGAGCGCCUGCAGGCCCUGCUCAGCUCCCUCAACCAGGAGGAGCGAGACCUCCGCUACCGGGGCGGGGGCGGGCCCCAGCCUGCGGUGCCCAGUGAGUGCAGCUCCCACAGCGCCUCCUGCAGUCCAGAGUGGGGCAGUGCCCUGGAGUUUGGCCCUAACCCUGCUGACCACCUGCUGGCGGCUGACCCCACAGAUGCCCACAACCUGCACUCCCUCACCUCCAUCGUGGACAGCAUCACAGUGGAGGAUGUGUCUGUGGCCUUUCCAGAUGAAACCAUGCCCAACUGA